CAUGGGCGUCGCCGCAAGAUCAGAUGGACUCGACGACGCAGCCUCCCCAGUUCUCAGCAGCUCAUUACAUCGAAGAUUAUGAAGCGACGGGCUUGCCUGUGCCGCCACCUGAGCUCUGUGGAACUACACCAGCGAUCGGCAAACCUAACUGGUGGUCACUCGCAAGUACAACAAGCACAUCAUCGUCGCUGGGAAACCCUACGCCACAACAGCAAGAGCAAGACUUGACGGAAAGAGGGAAGAACCCCAUGAGGGAGAUGAUAUUUAGGAUAGCAGCGAUGCAGCCAAUACACAUAGACCCGGAGUCAGUGAAGCCUCCAAAGAGGAGGAAGGUCAAGAUAUCAAAGGACCCUCAAAGCGUGGCGGCUCGCCAUCGCAGAGAAAGAAUCAGCGAGAGAAUAAGGAUAUUGCAGAGAUUGGUGCCAGGUGGCACUAAAAUGGACAUCGCCUCUAUGUUAGACGAAGCUGUUCACUACCUCAAAUUCCUGCAGUCCCAGGUUCACUCCCUCCAACGAGCAACCUCAAACAAUACCCCACCACCACUCCCUCUCUUCAUGUCCUCUCCCCCCAAUCCUUCCUCUAAUUAUCUUUCUCUGCAUAAGCUUUCUCAACCUCCUCCUAACCCGAACCACUUUUGCUGAGACUCAUAAGUUCAAAUAUUAUAACUUCGAGUUUUCCAGUUUUUCUCUUCAUUCAUAUAUAUGUGUGUGGGCGCGCGCAUGACUGUUCUUGUUUAUC